AUGUCCUUUAAACGCAAUUACAGAAAGUUACUGCUGCGAAGGAUUGUUUCUGCACUCGACGAAGGUGAGGAGUACAAAGUGGAUGUCCUCGCAGCUUUGCAUCUGUCUAAAGCAGCAUGGAAUGGCGUCUCAGAGAAAACCAUCACGAAUUGCUUUCAUCAUGCUGGUUUUAAAAAACCCGAGGAAAUAAAAUCUACUGCUGAAAUGGUUGUUCAAGCAAUCGAAAAUGAAAAUUUCGAUGAAGAAGAGGAAAUGUUGCAAGAAAUUUCUAACAAAAUGCAAUUGGAUGAGACGUUAAACUUAAAGGAUUACGCUAAAAUAGAUGAUGACUUAGAAUGUGUCGAACAUUUGACAGAAGAUGAAUUAAUUUCUCGAUAUUGUAGACAGGAAGAAAUUGCUGUAUCAUCAUCAGAUGAAGAAGAAAAUGAAAUUUUUAAAAUUUAA